CAUAGUUCCCCCUCCUUUCUCGUCGGCGUCAGUGGGUAUAUAACCUCCACCAGCGCUGAAGGCUGGUCACUGCUGCCUCCACCUCCUUCAGCAUGGCGCGCUUGUGUUAUAUUGUGGCGAUGAUUAUGUUACCGUUGGCGUCUGCGUCAGCUUGCAACAGUCCCUUCAUCCCCAUCACAGGCAGCUGCUUCUACUUCAACGAGACUUUUACGACAUGGAACGACGCCAGGGACUACUGCUUGAGCCUGAGUACUAAUGAAUACAACUCCGACCUGGCGAUAGUCCACUCCUGUGACCAGCUGGGCGCUAUACGACAGCAUAUUAUCCUAGAGUAUGGAAAUGUCUGGCACUGGGUUGGUGGUUAUGACAAAGGAGAAGAAGGCAGUUGGCACUGGGUCGAUGGCACCACUGUACAGAGAGGCUGUCCCUUCUGGUAUCCUGGGCGCCCUCCAAUUGAUGAUAAGCGAAACUGCUUGGUUAUGGAGUUGCAUUCCGGAUACUUUUAUGAUUAUCCAUGUGAUGAUAUAGGACCCUUCAUCUGUGAACAGACGGUACCGUCUCUGGCAUCCCUCGACCUCAAUUGAGAAAUAUGAACCAUUUUAACUGUUGUUUAUAAAACUUACUCUCAAUUGGAUUGUGUACCAGUACUAAGUUCAAUGGUACAUAAUUUAUUUUAUAUACAAAUUAUCCAAACUGUCACCUAACCAGGCCGGUUUAGGGAAAUAGAACCCCCUGCAAGUAUUUGGACAUGAUAUCUAAAAAAAAAAAAAAACUAGUGUUAUUAUUUUACCUAAAAACAUCAGCAUUUCCAGACGUUAGUGAAGGUUUGGAUAGAUGCAGCUCAAUCAUGCUGCAUCUAUCCAUCUUAUACAGCAUUGUUAUCCCUUGGUUACCAAAAUAAUAUAUAAAUACCUGACAUUCUUAUUUUAUGGUUAUCAAAGAUAUUACCUGGUAAGGAAGUUAUGUUCAAGAUAAAACAUAUACUUCUAAUAUAUGUUCUGAUCUAUGUUCUUCUAAAACAUAUUAAACUUCUGAUUACAUAGACAACAACAGGCUGCUUGGUCAACACCAAUCUAGAUUUAUAAGGAUCCUGGUAGUAUAGUCGGGUUCGUUCGCGACGUACAAUCGACAAUUCCUGAUUCGAAUCCCCGGGCGAGUCAGAAUUGGUUGGGCAUAUUUCCUUUUACCUAAUGCGUCUGUUCGCCUAGCAGUGAGUAGGUACUCAGGAGUUACUCAGCUUGUUGUGGGGUUGCAUCCUGGGCGGGGUCAGAAAUUCGACCUUGGGGGAGGACCUUUAUAACGUGUAUGAAUACACUCUGGCUUCCUGUCCCCCGACACAAUGAUUUAUUUAAUUAUUAUAUAAUUGUCGAAUACAGAAAUUUCACAAAUUAAAAUCCACAUCAAAUUC